AUGCAGUCCGUCGUAUCUUACGUCCGUUCUUUGCUGGGCUGGGCUGAAGAAGACGAAAUUAAAAAGACUAUUAUAAAACGACACAGAUAUGAUGAUGACUAUUCUGAUGAUGGACGUCCGAAGAAAGUAAAACAUAAUAUUGAAAACACAAUUUUUCCUGGAGUUAUGACUUCAAAAGAUUUGUUUGAGGAUGAGUCAUAUAAAAACGUAAGAAUAGUACCAAUAGAUAUUGAGGAUAGACGUCCAAGCACCUCAACCCCAUAUGAAAACAUAAAUAAGGAGAAUCGCACCAGGACAGUGCCAGUUAAAAUAAUUAGUAGGCAGAAUGGAUCACUUACUCCUAUUAGAAAAGAAAAACUGCAUGGACCAGGAAAUCGUUUAGUUCGUGCUGUACUUAUUGAUGAUGAUGCUGCUGAUGAACAAGAGGUUACAUUAGUGGAAACUCAGCCACCUAAAGAAAAACCAAAACUUUACAUUAAUUUAGAUGAUGAUGAAGACAAUGAUAGAGAUGUUGUAUUUGUGAAAAGAGUUUCUUCACCACCUUCAAGUAAACCUUUCAAACUGGUCAUUGACGAUAAUGAUACAACAGAUUUUGCUGAGCCUACAAAAUAUAGACAAUAUCGUAAAAUAGUUGACAGAGGCACAAAUGUUUCACCAAGAUCAUAUAGUAUUCUUAGAAAUAAUGGUGGUAUUCAAAAAUCAUAUAAAAAAGCUCCAACACCAUCAUUACCAAACUGGCUUUCAGCAAAUUCCACAAUGAAUCCGAGAACAAGAAACAACAACCUUAAUGGCACCAAGUCAACACUACUAAAACUUUUUAAUAUAGAAGAAAAGAAUAACUUUAGGGAACUUAUUAAAAAAGUCUGUAAUGCAAAUCAAACACCACAAACACAUAAACCAAUUGACAUAAUUAAUUUAGCAGAGGAAUCAGCAUCAUUUAGGCUGACAAGGAAAUCGCAAAAGAGUUCUCUGAAUGAAAUCAAAAGGUUUGAAAAAGACUUGAAAGGUAAAGAAUGUGAAUCAACAACAGAAUAUGAUCCAAUAACAGUAGCAUCAAUUACCUCUUCAGAUUCAGAAAUAGAAGUUAUACCAUCAGAUUCUUCAGUUUCAUCAACAAGAAUAGAGCCUUUAAAUACAUUGAGAGACUCAUUCAGAGACAGAGAUGUAGUAUCUAGUGAUUGGUUAAGAAAAUUAGAUACAAAAUAUAAGAACAAAAAGAAAGAGACACAAGUUAAGUUAAAUGAUGCCCGACGAGAGUCUGAUAUAAUAUCAAAAGUUAACCAUGAGCAAUGUUUAGCACAUUUAAGGAAUAAGCUAAAGUAUGAGUUGUGUAUACCCGAAAGUUUGAUUGAGGAGGAGCAGCCAGCUGUUGAGUUACCGCCACUAAGUGCGGAACAAGAGAAACUAGUCAGUAGAGCAUUGGGGCCGGGACCUCAAGGACAAGUGCUUAUUGAGAAAUUUAAUUUAAGGAUAACUAGACGAGACCUCCAAACAUUAUCAGGUCUAAAUUGGCUGAAUGAUGAAGUGAUAAAUUUCUACAUGAACUUACUAAUGCAAAGAUGCGGAGAACGAAAAGAUUUGCCCCAAGUGUAUGCUGCUAACACUUUCUUCUAUCCCAAAUUGAUGCAGAGUGGACAAGCUGGAUUGCGACGGUGGACUAGAAAGGUAGACAUAUUUGCACACCAGCUGAUGGUGGUUCCUGUCCACUUGGGAGUCCAUUGGUGUAUGAGUAUCAUCGACUUCCGGGAGAAGAAGAUAUCCUACCUGGAUAGUAUGGGAGGGAAGAACCAAGCGGCCCUGGUUGCGCUACUGCAGUAUCUCCGGGAUGAACAUAAAGACAAGAAGGGACAACCCUUUGAUGAUAGUGGAUGGAAGACUGAGUGCUUACGA